AUGAAGGUCACUCCGAGUCUUUCUCUCGCUCUCGCCCUAGCGGGCUCUGCUAUGGGCGCCCCUUUCAAUGGCUCCUAUGUCUUUCCCUCUUCCUCUGGGCUUCCCGCCCCUUCGCGCACUCCUAGUGGCACUCCCAGUGGUGUCGCCGCAGCUGCUUCAAGUGAUGCUGCAUUCCCAGACUCCUUUGCCUCAUCUGGAGCCAGCCAGGCCGGACCGACUGGCAAAGCCUUUGGCUCAACCCCAGUUUCUGUGAUCCCUGAUCAUGCGAAGCGCAGUGGAUCUCUGACCAUUCCCACUGAUCUUUCCUCUCUUGGUUCUGAUGUCGAGUCUGCCAUCAGCUCGCUCCUUUCCGCUCGUGCUCAGAAGCGUGGUUCCGUCUCUCUCUCCACUGAUCUUUCUUCCCUUGGCUCUGAUAUCGAAUCGGCCAUUGGGGCUCUUUCUUCUGCUGGUGCUCAGAAGCGAGACGGGUCCAUUGCAAUCCCCACUGAUUUGUCCUCUCUGGGUUCAGACGUUGAGUCUGCCAUCAGCUCACUCCUUUCCGCUCGUGCCCAGAAGCGAGACGGAUCUAUUGCAAUCCCCACUGAUUUGUCCUCUCUGGGUUCAGAUGUUGAGUCCGCUAUCGGCGCCCUUGCUUCAGCCGUUGUCAAGAAGCGUGGUUUCACAACCAAGGCUGUGCCCACUCCCUCUCCUUCUGCUUCUCCCGCUGACAGGUCAUCCGCUGCGCCCUCCGAUGUUCACUCUGAAGCUGCCAGAGAUAGCCCGAGCGGUACACCCCCGGCUGGUUCGGGCUUGCCGCUGGCUUCCGAGAGCGCUACUCCCUCUGCUACUAAGGCUCAGGCCUCUCCUUCUGGUCUCUCCCUCUUUGGUAUUCCGUUGACUUAA